AUGAGUUUGAGUAAACUUUUUGCUGGUAGGAAGAGGAAUAGUUCAGUAUGGAGAUGGUUUAAAUACGAUGCGUCAUCCGACAAAUCAGUAUGUUUAGUUUUACUUGAUGGUGAAAAAGUAUGCAAUACAAAGUUGUGUGGAAAGAACCCAACAAAUCUUAAACUACAUUUAGCAAGAAACCAUAAGUCUGUACACGUUGAGCUGGAAGAGUUGGAAUUAAAGAAAUUAAGUGAAAAAAAGCAAACAGGGAUAAAAAGAAAAGCAGUGGAUGAAAAUGGACCCACUCUUUUAGAAUCGUCCUCAAAUCAGAACCAGACCUUGAUUCAAUGCAUUAAUCGUAGGAAUACCGCAUGGCCUAUUAAUUCACACAAGCAUAAAAUUCGACUAAACUCUCUUAUUCAAAUGAUAAUUGCAACAUGUAAUCCAGUGACAUUGGUGGAUAAUGCGAGUUUUAGAAAGUUAGUUAAUACCUUGGAUUAUAAAUUUUCAUUGCCUGCUUCUUCCAAAAUUACUAGCCUACUUAAUGAAGAAUUUACUGUUUUAACGAGAAAACUUCGUGACUUCAUAUCUGAAGGCAGGCGCUUCACAAUAUGCCUUAAUGGCUGGACUAAAAAAGGUUUUACUGCGUCCUUUUUAGGAAUUUCGGUUUGUUUUUUCACUUCAAAUACGAAAAACCAAUACAUGCUCUGCUUAAUUUGUAUCUUGUGA